AUGGAGAACCUCCCCGCGACGAUAGGGAGUCCAACCUCGACUGAGGAGGUCAGCACCAUUGUGAUGGCAACGGAUAUCCCACCAUGGGCUAUAGCAACCUCAAUAGCAUCCGCAAAAUCUAGCGGUCUGCCUUUAGCAACAGAUGCUCCAACAAACACUAUGAUAGGCCAAACCACUAGCGGAUCUGCCGGAUCGGAUGGGACAUCAGGAGCCGUUGCUGCGCCGGGACGGGGCACACCUAGAACUAGUCUCACCACGCCUCAAAUUACAGGAAUAGCUAUCGGCGGCGCCGCCACCAUUAUUGUCGCGGUUGGAUUGCUCUUUCUCCAGUGUUGGAUACGGGAGCGACAACGAGAGCGGCGGCAUAGCCAAAGACGCUCACGGUUGAUUGCAUCGUCACCGCCCGUAAACAGGCGCAGUUCUGAGAAAAAGGCUUCACGCACUCUUCAAAACGUUGAAACGGCACUUACAUUGCCGAGUAACCAGGGUCGCUUCUAUGCUCCACAGCAACCCCCGGAAGAAAAGAGGAGAAGCUUCUGGCGCAAAAGCAUCAGACCAGAAGAAAUAGGUAUUGCCGUCUCUCCUAGGGUGCCAGGCGACCACUCUCCUGUGAGCGCGUCUUCUCAGCAGAGCUUCUCUCGGCUACUACCCAAGCCGCUUCCUACAGUUCUGUGGCCCGCCCCCCUUGACAUCGAAGCCACCCGGGAACGAAGGAGAUAUACGCAGCGACCCGUUAGUGACGCCACCGAGUUCGACGAUGAGCCAGAAACGAAACCACAAGAGCCCGAGCGAGUUUUUGUCGACAAUCAGACAUUCAUACUGGAGAAGCCACCUCUGUCAAAACGGCCACGGGGUCCGCCUCCGAAUCUGAGAUUGACGGCGUUGCCUGAGAGCCCCGCCAAGUCUGCAGGACAGAGAGCAAGGAUUCCCCUGACUCCCACUUACGACAAUGGGAACGUCGACUUAUCAUCGUCGCCCAUCAAGAUCCGAUCGUCUACCUCUUCACAGUCGGGCCUCCCAGUACUUGAACACAGGCUGCCCGCGUCAUCAAUGGUGUCAUUUCGUGGCACCUGGGACGGUCUGGUCCCCUUCAGACGAUGUCUGAGCGCCGACACUGCACGACCGAUUAGCUGGCGAAGAAUAAAAUUGAACAACUAUGCAUUUUCAAGGGUACGACUAGCAAGACCGUCAGUCGAAACUGUCAAGUCUUCAUCCAAGAAAAAUUCUCCGACUCAAUAUCCUUCGCUCAACAGCCCGAGACCGCCCAGGAAUAUAAAUAGCUCCGUUCGAGCAGGUGUGACCUGGUUGACUAGGGAUCUGGCCCUUGUGGAUCAAGAAGAGAUACGUGCGAAGCUCGCCAGUUGUUGCGACAACAAGUCUUUAGUUAAGAUCUUGGUCCUGCUCGUGACGCCGUCUUUGGCUUCUCUUCUCGGGCCAGGCACCCUCCUUCAAGACGUGCUGCCUUCGCUGUACGCUGGCCGCCGAACCUUUCAAAAGGGAAAACACGUUAGGAAGACUAUAACAUGCAUCAGCGCUGUGGUUGAUGCUCUUCCAGUACCCCCUGAAAUCCCCGGCAGUUCAAAUGGGAAUCCAGCAGGCGCCGAAGGAGUUGCACUCUUUAUGAGUUCUGAGAAUAUAGACGCCAGAUCGUUUCCUGCCCCGAUGGAACUACUUGACGAUGUGGACAGUAAUGCCAUCGCAACAGUGAAAUUCUGCUCCGCCACCGAAGUGAGCUCACCAACUCGGACAUCAGACCCGCCGUCUCCUGUGCGGCACGUCACAUUACCUACCGCCAACACCGUUUUUGUCAAUGGACAACGAACAACCCUUUUCCAGGAUUUGUGGAGACUGGAACUCUCUGAUUCCGAGGAACCGGCCAUCAGGCAUUUUGGCAGAAACAAUCUCAAAUCGUUUCGGUUGAACCUUCAGUGCUCAGGAGACAGUUUUGUGAACGGCGGAUCUGCUCCGCUUCAAGCACUAACAAAGCCGAGAAAGAUAAUACAAUCUAUGGGUAAUGUGCUUCGUCAGAUUGAAGUUGAUGAUGAGGCUGUUCCUGCUUCACGAGAGCUCGAGAAAGCGGUUUCAGCAUAUAUCAAGUCGAAUCCCGCUAGCACUACUCGGGGCCCUCUUCUUGUGUUUGCUUUGAUCCGUUCCUCUAGGACAUCCUCGUCUGAUGCGGCGGCGGACAUGAGCAGCGAGACUCAGGGAUCGGGCCCACUAAAGUCUCUAUGGGACGGUGCAAGGCUCUUUAAAGUGUCGGGCGGCGGAGGAGGUUGGGGUAAAAGGCAAGGUCUCCUAUCCCUGGAAGCAGCUGUGGACUUUGAGACAAGUGAAGUUGGACCAUCGUUCGCGUUACCCAAUUUGGAUAGCGAUCAAGGCGACCUCCAAGAGCUGGACUCGCGUGGCAUAGUCCCAGCGGACAGUACCGUCGAGUUCCUAGUUCGUACGUGGGAGGACAACUCAAGAGUUUCCCGUGCGAAGCCAGCGUCUCUCUCUCCGCCAUCCGACAGCACGACCGUCGUCCUGGGCACCGCCACAGAGCCUGAUUCGCAGGAUUGUCAAGAAGACCCAAACAUUGCCAACAUAGGGAUAGUCUUGUUACCGGAUUACUUCGGUAUGGUCUCCUACGGAGGUGCUGCUCUCGGUACCGAUUGCGCAAUGUCAUCUACGCAAAAACCAUCAGCGACUUCGCGGACGCGCUGUGAUGUGCCAAACACUCGCUUCAUUAUUCGUGGCGUGGGAGGUGGUCGACAGGGCCCACUGAGAGAAUACGAGUAG